GAGUGCGGCCCGCAGCAGUAGCAGUGGCGCUGGCGGUGACGGCAGCGAGCGGCCGAUGGAUCGCGCGGCGGGCGAGAGGGCGCCGCUGCUGGGCGCGCGGCGGGCGGCGGCCUCGGCGGCCGGGGCGUUCGCCGGGCGGCGGGCGGCCUGCGGCGCCGUGCUGCUGACCGAGCUGCUGGAGCGCGCGGCCUUCUACGGCGUCACGUCGAACCUGGUGCUGUUCCUGAACGGGCCGGUGUUCGGCUGGGAGGGCGCGCAGGCCAGCCAGGCGCUGCUCAUCUUCAUGGGCCUCACCUACCUGGGCUCGCCCUUCGGCGGCUGGCUGGCCGACGCGCUGCUCGGCCGGGCGCGCGCCAUCCUGCUCAGCCUGGCGCUCUACCUGCUGGGCAUGCUGGCCUUCCCGCUGCUGGCCGCGCCCGGGUCCCGCGCCGCGCUCUGCGGGCCCCUGCGCCCGGUGCGCGUGCUCAACUGCUCGGCGCCCUACCCGAACGGCACGGCCGCCUGCCCCGACGAGGCCCCGCGCCGCUGUGCGCUCGCUACCUUCGCGGGGCUGGCGCUGGUAGGCCUCGGCGUAGCCACUGUCAAGGCCAACAUCACUCCUUUCGGCGCCGACCAGGUCAAAGAUCGCGGACCAGAGGCCACCAGGAGGUUUUUUAACUGGUUUUACUGGAGCAUUAACCUGGGAGCCAUCCUCUCACUGGGAGGCAUUGCCUACGUGCAGCAGAACGUGAGCUUCUUCACCGGCUACCUCAUCCCCACCGUGUGUGUGGCUGUGGCCUUCGUGGUCUUCCUCUGUGGCCAGAGCUUUUUCAUCUCCAAGCCCCCUGAUGGCAGCGCCUUCACGGAUGUGUUCAGGAUCCUCGCAUACUCGUGCUGCUCCCAGGGGCGCCGUGGAAUGCGCCCAAGCAGCAGUGAAGGCCUUGGCGUCUUUCAGCAACCUUCUAAACAAAGUCUGUUUGAUUCAUGUAAGAUGUCUCAUGGAGGGCCGUUCACGGAAGACAAAGUGGAAGAUGUGAAAGCCCUGGCCAAGGUCGUGCCCGUGUUCUUGGCUCUGAUCCCUUACUGGACAGUGUAUUUCCAAAUGCAGACCACAUAUGUCCUACAGAGUCUGCACUUGAAGAUUCCAGAAAUCUCAAGCGUUACAACCAACCCGCACACGUUCCCCGCGGCCUGGCUCACCAUGUUCGACGCGGUGCUCAUCCUCCUGCUCAUCCCGCUGAAGGACAGGCUAGUGGACCCCAUCCUGCGGAGGCAUGGCGUGCUGCCGUCCUCGCUGCGGAGGAUCGCGGUGGGGAUGUUCUUCGUGAUGUGCUCCGCCUUCGCGGCGGGAAUCUUGGAAAGCAAAAGGCUGGACCUGGUGAAAGAGAAAACCAUCAACCAGACCAUCGGCCACGUGGUUUACCACGCCGCGGACCUGCCCAUCUGGUGGCAGGUGCCCCAGUACGUGCUCAUCGGCAUCAGCGAGAUAUUCGCCAGCAUCGCGGGGCUGGAGUUUGCGUACUCGGCCGCCCCCAAGUCCAUGCAGAGCGCCAUCAUGGGCCUGUUCUUCUUCUUCUCGGGCGUCGGGUCCUUCGUGGGCUCGGGGCUGCUGGCACUGGUGUCUGUCAAGGCCAUCGGAUGGAUGAGCAGCCACACGGACUUCGUUCACGUGAGGAUGCUGCGGAUGUGACCCGAGUCCAGUGCAGGUCCACAGUGGGAUGCAGCUGCGUAUCUACGACUUGGCACAGGUAGACACGCGUGCGCUGGUGACGGCCCCAGGUACGGAUGGAAACCUAGGAAGACCACUCGGCACAGACGCAGGCUGCUUGCGUGUGCUGGCUUGGCUGUCUGCCUGCCGUGGUUGCUGAGGUCUCACACAGGUGCCUUCUGCAGCGUGGGGACCCCACCCGUGAGAAUCUCCAAAGCGCGUUAAGAGAAGGUGCUUUAGAUGGCAGUGUGUGAGCCUUUCAUGAUGUAAGUCCCCCAGCUCGAUAGUUCUCAAAAUUGUCUUAUUUCUUUAACCUGUUUUCCAAUCUGUUCUCUCUUUUGUGAGCUCGUCUUUUUGCCUGGAUUUUAGGAAAAGUCUUCCAGUUUCUAGUCAUACGGUUGUGGUUUUGUUUGUUUGUUUUUGGUCUCUUUUGAGGCAGGAUUUCAUUACAUGGUUCAGGCUGGCUUUGAACUUGGCUGGCUCCAAACUCAGGGAGAUUCUCUUGCCUCAGCCUCCCGAUUGCCGGGAUCACAGGCAUGGGCCUUUGUGUUUGUCUUUAAAGUUUCUUUCUGUUAGUUUCCUUUUUGAGACAGAGCCUUGCUUUGUGGUCCGGGGUGACCUUGCACUCACCAUACAGCCCGGGCUGGCCUCAGAUGCCUGGCAAUGCUCCUGCCUCAGCCUCCUGAGUGCUGAGAUCACAGGAGUCACCUCCACAGCCCACCUUUGCCUUUCCAGGUUCAGAGCGCUGGGUACCUGGUUGUCUCUGUGCUCGGCUUGUGUCCUAGUGUAGCUGCUUCACAGUGACAGUGACAGUUUCCUGGCUGCGCCCCUUUCCGCCAGAUGUUUCUGCUUCUUGGCUUUCUAACCACAGCUCUGUCUGGGUGCUUCCUUCACCACCUGGAGCAGGUGCCAAGUUUCCGGGUGCCCAGCUGAUUACUGUUAGACCUCAGACACCUGAGAUCGCCAGUUUGGGCAGCAGACGAGGUCCUGCUUUCCUGGGCGGCCUCCUGAGAUUCCCCGGUGUCCAGUGAUGCUGUGCAUUUUCCUUGGGCCGGUCAGCACAGGUCAGUGGGUGGAGAAAAAAGUGAAGCGGGGGAUUAGUGGGGGAACUGGUCCCACUGUCUGCUCCUCCUCAGCACCCUCCUCUCCCUGCCCCUCCCAUGCACGGUGGGUGCCUGCAGCCCCCUCCCGGCCCCUCUGGGGAGCAAAUCCGGGUGCCGCUCAUGCUGGUCCCGGGCAGGAAGGUUAGCUCUGCUGGCCCAGGCCACACAGCUCCGAGAAUGCAGGUGCGGGAGGGCUCUGUCUCGGUCUCUGUCUCUGUCUCUGUCUCUCCUCUCUGCUCUCACCAUUGUGUGAGCUAUUUCUGCUUCUCAUUAAACUGCUCCCCAUGAAGAGGAACCUCCUGCGUUAUCGGGGUGCCCGUGAAUGCCCUGCAGCGCUGGCCCUGAGGUGGCACAGGCCCUGCUUGGAAGGUGCCAGCAGCCCCUGGUUUGGGACAGCAAGAGGGACGGGUCUUUCCUCGAGCAAGGCCCUCCACGCGGGGUCUGCCUUGGCCACUGAGACCCAGGACCUCACCUGGGCCUUGAAACACGCGUUCACUCCAAGUUCAAAUCCAGAUACCGGCAGGGAGCGUCCUUCCGGCCCCCGCACCACCUUGUCCUUCGUGGACACACAGUGUCCCUGCUCCAGCCUCUGCGGGUGCCAAGCUGGGGGCUCACAGACUGCUCCCCAGUCGGACUGGGCUGGCCUUUGAUGAGUAGAGGACAGUGAGCCCCUGCUGAGUGACCCCCGAGGUUGAGUCACAAAAGGCCUGCAUGGCCAGCAGCGGUGGCGCACACCUGUAACCUCGGCACCUGGGGAGGCUGAGCGGGAGGGCCGAAAGUUCAAGGCCAGCCUGGCCAACUUAGUGAUUUAGCAAGAGCUUGCCUGAAAAUUAGAAAUUAAACAAGGAGUAGGGAUGUAGCUCAGUGCAAAUGUCCUGGGUUCAAUCCCAGCAACACACACGCAUGCACACACACUCACAGAGGCUCAAGGCUUAAUGUGGCUCCAGUUCACUGCCCACCUGGCCAUCUUGCUCUGCCUUGGAAGCUGUGAUGUAGGGAGCCAUGCAGCCACUCUGUGACCAUGAAGUAUUGGGGAGCUGUGGGGAGCCGUGGGAAGUGCAGUGAUCAAAUUCACCUGGCCUGAAUGUUGGGUUCUGAACAGAACCAAUAGGCAGAGCUGCUGCUGAGGGUCCGGGCCAUGGGAAGAGACCCUGUGAGAGACCAUGGAGACCCUUGAGGUUUGUGAGGUACUGUGUGGGGAUGUGUAUUGGGCAGAAGAUGGGUCAGAGGCCAGGCGCCCUCCUCCGCCUACCCCAUCGCCUGGUGGCCAAUCUCAUGACCCGCUGAGCCCUGGCUUCCAGUGUGAAGACUGGGCUCAGGCCGUGUCCCACCUCUCAGUAGAACUAUCCCCACAUGCCCCGUUGUAGAGGGAGAGACCAGCGUGCCCAGCGGCAGCCCCCUCCUCCUCCAGGCGGGGCCUCACAGCCUGCCUCAGUGCGGUGGGGGCUGGGCCUGAGAUGGAGGGGGCCAUAUUGGUCACCAGAGUUGCUUGGGGUGGAGUCUGGGUGGCCACCGGGGUCCCUGGGACACCAGCGGCUCCUGGCUUCACGGGAAGCUGGUGGCCCUCCCUCCCUGUGCCCUGGAGAUGGCCAUGCCUCAGCCUCAGAGAGCGCUCACAGUGGAAACCAUCCUGACCCGUGGGUGCCCCGUCCCACACAGCUGUCCUUAACACGCAGGGAUUCGUGCCCCCCGCUGCUUCCCCCUCUGCCUUCAGCCCUGGGCAGCCUCUCCACAACAGUGGUGAAUCCUGGGGGGCAGAGCCCUAAGUUCCACAGCCUUUGGGUGCUGUGUGGCUGAGAUUCACCCCCAGAAGUUUGCGUGCUGGACUUCAGAAGCUUCGGGCAAUGCUGCAGAGCAGGCAGCUGGGCGCGGGCACCUGUCUGCCAUCCUAGCAGCUGGGCAGCUGAGGCUGCAGGACCGCUGUGAGCAGGAGCUCAGCCUGAGCCACACAGCACGGAGACCCUGAAAAAGCAAACAUGCAAUCAGUCAUUUUGAUACCAAUUAGAUGUCAAAAGGGUGCUAGCUUAGGUACACUGCAUUCAAUAAAACAUUAGGUCAGAUUUCUUUUCUUUUCUUUUUUCUUUCUUUUUUUUUUUUUUUUUUGGUCCUUUUGAGACAGCAUCUCACUAUGCAGUUCAGGCUGGCCUUGAGCUUGUUUUUUAGCCCAGGCUGGUCUGGAACUGGCAACAAUCCACCUGCCUCAGCCUCCCGAGUGCUUGGAUUACAGGAGUGAACCAGCACGCCUUUUUUUCCCGUAACAUUUUAGCAUGGCUUCAGGAAAUGUGAGCUUGCACACGGGGUCACAGUCCCUUCUCAGCGGGCAGCCAUGCAAGGGUUGGAAUCUGAGCCUUGGUCCCAUGCAGUUCUGCUUAGGACAGGCAGGGUCUCUGCCCUGCCAGGAUUUCUGGGUUAUUGGAAGCAGCACCUCUUAUCAAGGGUUCACCCAAGAUAGCAGUAGACUAAACCAGACUGGUUAGAGGGAGCUGGCACAGCUUUCCGGGGUGCUUGUGGGGUGCCGGGGGGGUGAAAAAACAGAGCCACGAGCUCUCCCCCGCCCCCCGCUGCUCCUGUCCCCCGCUGUUGGCCUGAUCAGCUCCAGAAAGGGUGGGUGGAGCUAGGUCUGCCUUCUUUGUCAUUUUCCAUUAAUUAAGUUUAUUAGAACAUUGUAGGGACACAUAAUGAUCACAUUCAUCACAGGGAGUUUGUACCUGUACCUGAUUUAUCUAUGUAGCCCGGGUGGCCUCAAAACCAGGGAUCCUCCUGCCUCAGCCUCCCAAGCGCUGGGGUUAGAGAUGCGUACCACCAGGCCUGUGUGCACGAUCUUCUUGAUUCUUUUUUUCCCCAUUCCCCUUCCCUCCCUCCAACCCCUCCGGGUGCACCCACUGGAGCUGGAAGGGCUCCAGUUUAGUUUCUUUAUGCCUGAGUAGUCCAAAAAGCCCCACACCUUCUUUAUCCGUCCGUCAGCUGAUGGGCUCUUGGGCUGUUUCCAAGACUAAUGAUCACAAACUGUAAGGCCUUCAUUCUCCACGUCACCCCGUGGGAUCAGGGGCAGUGGGUGUGCCCUGCAUGACCAUCAGCAUUUGAGUAAUGCUAAGUCAAGACCAUAUAGCGUCAGAUGCGUUGGUUGGUUCCCUAAAAGGCAGCACUGGGAAUAGGAAUUCUGAGGUGCCUUAGGUGCCGGCUGUCAUGAGAGUCCAGUGCCAGCUGGCACGGGCGCCCCAGCCCGGUGCCACCUCCUUGCUGUCCACACAAAGGUGCUCCUGAAUGUCGUAGUUCAGGACUAGCCAGGUGAUCACUUCUUAUACAAAUGUUCAAUUCUCGGAGUCUCAUAUUCACGAGAGGUGCGGUUACGUUUUGUGUAAUAACUUGGUUUCUGUGAAGGCAGACAUACCCCGAAACCCAAUCAAAGACUUCGCUAACGCCUGGAGAGGGUGGGUGGCCGUGGGUUGUGAUGCACAUGGAAAACGAUGGGUGGGGGCACCCCAACCCGCUCCUCGGGCCCCUCAGGCCCAGCCAGAGUGGCCUGGGAGGGUCAGGGAAUAGCUGAGUACUGCCCUCAGGGCGCCCAGCACUCCCAGCACAAGGCCACGGCCUCCUGCAGCCCGUGGCGCCCAGGCGCAUCCCUGGGGAGAGAGGGGAAAGGUUUUGGGUUGGUUGGAAUUCAAUUCUCCUUCCUGAAGGUAAAAUCUUCAGGAAAAAUCUUUCCAGUGACAGGAAAAAAACAACAAAAAUUCUAUUUUUUAUACCACCUGAAUUUGGAAAUUGAAAUCACCCAGACAAAAGUUUUCCUAUUUUUAAGUAUUUUGAGAUUUUUUUAAAAUUUGGAAGCCCGUUUGCUUUUAUCACAGUCAUUUGAGAGGAAGCUAAAGAUUCUAGAAACAUCUCUGUCAUCAUGCAGAGAGUAAGCGGUGAGUCGGGCGCUGUGCGUGCUGUGCCGUUUCUGAUCUCUGCCCGCCUCUCCCCUGCAGCUCUCCUGCCUCAUGUGUUAAUCCGAUCAGACUGGGAAAUGCCUGACCCCACUGCUGCUGGUCCUCGGGGCUUAUGGGAAUUCAGGGCCAGCUGUAAUCUGAUUUUAUCUUCCCAGUAUGAAGCUGCCCCACCAGCAAACCCUUCCUCCCCCCAGUAGGAAUUCAGAGAGCACCCAGGGGAGCAGAGCUGUUCGCUAAAGAGCCAGGGAAUCCCCAGUCCAUGCAGGAGUGCGCUCUGCUGAUCCAGGACUCUCCACAGGGGUCUGUCCUCCCGGGAAAUGGACGGGCCACCUGCCUGUUGCAUCCAUUUGCUCUGAUCUCUUUGAUGUUUUGAGACAAAGUCUUACCACGUAGCCCAGGCUGACUGCAAACUCACAGAGAUCCUCCUGCCUCAGCCUCCUGAGCGCUGGGAUCACAGUGUGCACCACCACGCCUGGCUCUUGGUCUUUCUCUUGAUCAGUUGGCCGGUGCUGAUUGUUUUGUGUCUUGGACUGAAGUCUACCCUAAGCAGAACCUGGGACAAGGGUCUGGGGACAGGUGAUUUAUUGUGCAGUUAUUUCAUGUUGGUCCUGGGGAAGGCGGGCAGGUCACAGAGCCCUGGCGGGCAUGGCCGGGGUGAAGGGUGUCCUUUCUCAGGUCUGUGUCCUGUCACACCUCAGAGCGUGCUAAUGGAGGCUUUGCAGAUGUAAUUAAUGAAGAUAACUAACCACACAGGGUUAGUGUGGCCCUGAAAUCCAAGGCCAGGGGUCCCUGUAGGAGGAGUGAAGGGGACACAGAGAGACACUUGGGGUGGACGGAAGUGGGGAGGAGCAGCCACGGCCUCGGAGCCGGGGCCUGCAGGGGCCUUGGACUCUGCAGUGUGAUCUUCAUCUGUCUCUGGAGGGAGCGCCCAGGAGAGGCCGGGUUCCCGGUGUCCCCCAGUUUGUCCCCGGCAACUGCAGAGUGAAUGCAGCAGUGUUUUCCAACAUGGCUGACAGAGUGUCCCCUCCGUGACUGACGUCCAGCUGCCAAGGUGGUGUCCCUGGCGAGAACUGGGGUGGCACUCUCACCAGGACCCUGCAAGCUGGUGCACAGGCUGCAGCUUGGGUGGGGGGUCUGGACCCCGCCCGGGGAGCCUGCACACCAGGAGGAUCGCAUGGCGCUACCACAAGACACUUAGCUGCCAAAGGUGAGAGCGAGUCACAGUCCAGCCUCGGGGUCCAGCACCCGGGCGUGGUGAGGCUGGGCAGCUGUGGCCAGGUCUGGACAUCUGGGUAUAGUCAGGAGACCUGUUCCCACCCUGCGGUCCCCACCUGCCCUGAGAGCUGCUGCGCCUCCCCAGCGAGGGACCCACGAGAGGACCCCGAUUCUCCCCUGUGGCAUCUUGGUCCCAGGCACUGCUCACGCCUGUGAGCAUCUGUUGAGUGACUAGAGAAAUGUACGCAGUCCUCUCUGCCACAGCUGUCCUGUCUGCAUCCAGGCUUUUCUGUCCCCACAGCACCGAGUCCUCUCUCUGGGCCCAAAGGGACACAAGCCCUCUCCCGUGUCCCCACAGUCUAAGAGACCCGAGCUUUCCUCUCAUGGUGCAAGCUGGAUUUUAUAAAAAUCAGUGAAAUUCCGAAGCCCUGCAACUCUUUCUCCCAGAUGCCCUCUUUGACAGGGGACACACACACACACACACACACACACACACACGCCUCCUGGACAGAGCAUUUUGGUCUGCGGGAAAUAAAUCGACAUGUCGUGAUUGCCUGGUUCCGGGAA